AUGGCCACAUCGUCGGAAGAGGUGAUCCGGUUCAUCAUCCGGGAAAUCGUCAACAGGUCGACGAAUGUGCUGAAGGCGAGGCGGAAUGUUGCAGAGAGCAAUGUACCCGCCGCUGGGGCAGGGGAGAGUGGGACACCGACGGCAGUCAGACCGUCGCUUUCUGGGGAUGCAGCCAUAAUAUCGGAAACGCUUGCGGCCUUCAUGGUCCGCGCCGUAGUCUUAGAUCCACGAUAUGAUUUUAGGAUUGAGCGGGAGCUGGGGAGGGAUGAGGUGGACAGACUGAUCAAGUGCUGUGUGGAUAAGAUCACUUUGACGAAUGACCCAGUCAUGGAAACCGUCAAGAUGCAAGUUUACUUUGACACAAACUUUCCAGCGCAGGCCGACUUCCUGCACAAGGAGAAGCAAUCGCGGAUCUCAGCCUGUGCGGUGCUCCUUCGGGAGAUCGUUGAGGUGAGGACAAAGGCUAUCCCUGUUUACGAAGCCCUCUACCGCAAGAUUGUAUCCUAUCUUCUGCUGAGAAGCCAUGUCGGAAACCCAACAGACAUGCGCGUUGUGCGCGAGGCGACAGCUGGUUUGGAGUCGGUGUUUCCGCAGUCAGAGCUGAGCGCGUUCAUAUCGCUAUCGCGACAAGAGAAGGAGGCCCAGCUGAAUGGAUUGGCUCAGUUGGUAACGGGCAUCAGACUGUUCAACAAGCAACUGGGCAAAGGAGGGGAAGGCGUGGAUGAUCUGCCGCAUCUCUGCACCCGCGAGCUCAACCAUCUCUCUACUACGCUCAAGCAACUCACAACGACCACCGAGGACCAAAUACAGCUUUACACCGCGGUCGCGGACUAUGCGGACGUAUCACCUAAUCCUCAGCUUGAAGACGUCUCACUACCGCGGCUGCGUUCCGCGCUGGUCUUCAAACGAGAGUUCCUCAUAUAUCUGGAUGCUCUACAUGAACAAACGAACAGGUCACGGACAACAUUGGAAACCCUGACCGCCCGAUUUGAAGAAGCGGUCAAGGAACUGAAGGUCACAUGCCGCGCAAAGACAGCGGUGCCUGUCGAUCAAGUAUACCCGCCAUUCAUCCUCCUAGCAAAUCUCUGGCAAAACUACAUGGACGAGCUCUUCUUGUUGGCUUUCCGCAGAGGCAUCGUCGACACGAUACAGCAGCAUGCGAAGGGGUUUGAGUUCAACAUCCCCAACAUGUUAGUGACGUUCUCUCAACCGUUUCGGAAAGAGAUCGAGAGCGCUAUCCUGCCAGAAUCCCAAGUGAUUGCCAAAGCAAGCGAGUUGAUGGUAUCGCUGGCAGUGAAAGGAACAAAGGGCAUCGAGAUUAUACAUCCGGGUAACGCGACGCAGUAUUAUCAACUGCCGGUGGAGUACGGGGGAUUCUGCCCGCAUACUCUUAUCCGGAGGGAGGGGUUGGUCGUGCCUGGGGACAAGAAUUACGGAUUGGUCAAAUACCGUGACAAGCUGUAUGCGUUGGCGAACGACAAUGCAAUCAAGGAGUUUGCCAAGCUGCCGGAACUGUACAUCGAGGGUGUCCUAGAGAUGGCCAGGCGCUCCGCAGACCUUGUUCAAAUGCUGCAUCUCUACCCCUACUUCCCAACAAUCGAAGCCCUCGAAAACGCAAAGUCCUUCACCCGCCAACGCCUCCUCGGCCAAGUCCCCCUCGUAACCGAACAAGGCACGCAAGUCGACACUCACAUCGUCGACACAUACAUUGAUCCCAAUUACGAGUGGAACGAAUGGACGCUUCGCCGCCGCGCGCUGAUGCUGGUCAACCUCCGCACGAAAGCGACGCACUCGACACAAACGCAGCGGUCUCACUUCCGUCGCUCGAAUGAGACGCAGCACUAUGCGCCCAAGCCGGCUGAAGCGCAGACGAUGCGUGUGUCCGGUGCGGCCGCCACGCCCAGGAAGUCGACGUUCCUUGGUGGGUUGCGGUAUGCGCCGAGAGAUCCUGCCACGGGAGACACGGCACCGAGAUUCAAAGUGUGUGAUUUGACGUUGGACUGGGAUGGGAUGCCUGCGCCAUACGGUGGCGGUGCGUUUGGGGUCAGGAUGUCGCCGGAUAAGGCGGCCGCGGCGGGCGCUGGGCGAGUCGUGCAGGCGAGAGGUGAGAAACGGGAAGUGAACCCGGGAUGA